UGCGCUUACAGAACAAAACACAGGAGCGCAGGCUGCACUUCAAAGCGUGUUGGACCUCUUCUUCUUUAUGCUUUCCCACAACUGGACUCAGUUGAGUCUCAGGCUGCGAUUAGUGGAGAGCUGCUCCAAGUUCAUCAUGUCAAGAGAUGUGUGCGUACGCAAGCCGUGCGUAAAAGGUGGAGCGGCACGGAAGAUCAAUGACAGCUCUUCCCUCAUCCCUUGACUCUGGUGUGACUUGGUGAAACGUUCCGCGAGGCGUUCGGCUCACCGGGACCCGCGUAUGGAGCAAGAAUGAAUACAAGAUGUUCAUUUCUGAGACUGAGAGGACAGUGGAUGCCUUCACUCCUGUCACUGCUGACUCUCUGCGUCCUGCUCUUAAUCAGUGUGAAGUUCAGAUGCAUCUCUGAAUCUCUACUCCACCCAGCAAGUCUCGAUGACAUUCAGACAUUUCACAAAUACAGCAUCAACUGUUCGGCUAUAUAUGACAUGGACCCGGUGGAGGUGGGUAAAUCUCUGAUCAUCAGGAGGAGGGAAGUUGUGGAGGAUACGGAUGAAAGUCUGGUUAACCUGACCUCAAGCUGCCCGUUGUUCAUCAAGUCCAGAGGCUAUGAUGACGUGUGUGUCACAGAGGAGGAGAGAGACUUUCCUCUUGCUUAUUCACUGGUUGUACAUAAAUCUGCGUGGAUGGUCGAGAGGCUCCUCAAGGCGGUGUACUCACCCAAUAAUAUCUACUGUAUCCACUAUGAUCAGAAGUCUUCAGCUCAGUUCAUCUCGGCCAUGGAGGGCGUAGCGCGCUGUCUGCCCAACGUCUUCAUCGCCUCCAGACGAGAGACCGUCUAUUAUGCAAGCAUGAGCCGACUGAAAGCUGAUCUCAACUGUCUGUCGGACCUUUUGCUGUCAGACGUCAAGUGGAAGUACGUGAUCAACCUCUGCGGCCAGGAUUUCCCCCUCAGGUCCAACAUCGAGCUGGUGUCAGAACUGAAGAGAUUGAAAGGGGCUAACAUGCUGGAGACAAGUCGGCCCACUGACUCUAAGAAGGAGAGGUUCACCUUCCACCACGAGCUGAAAGACGCCGGCUUUGAAUAUCAAAAACUGCCGGUGAAGACGCAGCAGCCGAAGACCCCUCCACCCCACGGCAUCGAGGUCUUCUGCGGUAACGCCUACUUUGUCUUGUCGCGGGACUUUGUUGUGUACAUGGACGACUCGGUCGUGGUGAAAGACUUUCUGGCCUGGUCUGAGGACACCUACUCCCCGGAUGAACACUUCUGGGCCACACUUGUGCGACUGGAAGGCGUACCAGGGGGGGUGCCCAGAUCCCAGCCUGACAUCACAGACCUGAUGAGUAAGACCAGGCUGGUGAAGUGGCAUUACCUGGAGGAGAGCCUCUACCCACCGUGCUCAGGGCAACACGUUCGCAGCGUUUGUAUUUACGGUGCUGCUGAAUUGCGUUGGUUACUCAACUACGGUCACUGGUUUGCCAACAAGUUCGACCCCAAAGUGGACCCUGUUUCAAUUCAGUGCCUUGAGGAGAGGCUGGAGGAAAAACAGAAGUUAUUCCAAUCGUUGGCGUCUAAAAACUGUCGGAAGGGUUAAAAGGCUAGCAGCGACGAGCAGUCGAACAACUUCACGAUCGAUUUGUCGUUUGAAUAAUUUGCCGAGCGGCCGACAUGUGAUGGUAUCGACAAACAGCAGUGAGCGAACCGAAGAGGGCAGAGGCCGAGGCGAAAGUGAGGAAAGCAGCUAAACAAACAGACAGCAGAUCCAAAUGAAGAGCAGGGCUUCAGUGUCUGUUUUCAGUGCAAUGCCAGCUGUUUCUUUGAUUGUUACUUGAUGUUUGGUGGUUCCUGCUUCUCAAACAUGAGACUGUUCAGAUUUUUUUCACAGAAAAUCACAUUUUUCUGUUUGGAUUUUCUGGGUUGAACAAAACAUUUGAUAUCGUCAUCUUGGUUUUUAAGCAGUUGUGAAGAGAACUUUCAGCGUUUUUCUGUUGUUUCAUAAACCAAACUAGUAAAACUUGGUAGCAAAACUCUGUUUAUUCAAACAAGGUGUCAAAGAAAUUGUUUCUUUUACUGACAUUCAGUCGUGUUUCAGCCAGUUGUCAGAGGCUUUGAUCAUUUUUUGUAUUUUCAGAGGCGUUUUAAAAGCCGACGUGAAUGUGGUGCCAGCGGUUUGUACCAGAAACACCUGUCACCUUAAAGGGCUAGUUCACCCAAACUACUACAAACCACACGUGCACUUAUCUGGUCGCUGUGUCGCCACAGCCGAGCUUAUCUUUGUCUGAUUCGACCAGGCUUUCAGAUAUUUGUCUCUGUUCCUCAGGAUAAUCCAGCUAGUUCACUGUGAGCACGUUUCAUCUGAACUGCUUUGUUUGUCCGUCUCCGGCUCCUCUGAUGCUUCGCUUUGAGAGAAACUUCUGGUUUUAUCAGUUUUGUUUUGACGUUCCAGAAUCUUCUGAACUAUAAAUGAAUGAUGUCAGAUGUAGUACAAACAGAUGAAUGUGUUGGUGUGUUACUUCCCAGCAGAGAACAGCACUCAUGUGUUUGGCUGCGUCGAAUGAUUAGCAGCUCAUUGGUGACCUUGAUACAACGCAGACAAGCAAGUGGGAAAAGCAAUACAUGCAUUCCAUGAAGUCUUGGCGGUUCAAACUGUGUUGUUCCUGCAGCGGAUCUCGUGGUAUUUACUUUCUUUACAUUUAAUUUGCAGACCAUGAAAAACAAGGAUUGGAAAGAUAUUUUAAUGAAACGUCUUCAUUUAAACCAGGCAUCUCAAACCGGUUCCAUAAAGGGCCGCGUGGCUGCAGGUUUUCAUUCCAACCCAGGAGGAGCACAUCAGGCCAACCAGUCAACAUCAAGGGAUCACUUAGUUAACAGCUGAAGACUGAGAUCAGCUGAUUAAUUGAUUCCAGCCAGGUGUGCUCCUCCUUGGUUGGAAUGAAAACUUGCAGCCACGCGGCCCUUUAUGGAACCGGUUUGAGAUGCAUGAUUUAAACUGACACAUUGAGGCGAAUGAUUCCAGUAAUUGUGUUAACUUAAACUUAGCUUAAAUAAAUAUUGUUCAUUUCAAAAUGGCCCCCACCUAAAUGAAAAGUUUGUUGUCAGUGUGGAUAUUUUAAGUUUCCACAUCCCACUUGUGUAAGCUGGACCGUGAUUGGCUCCAGACUGGGUGUGAUGUCAUAAAAUCAGCACGUUUUGAACUCAGAUUUAAAGUGAAAGCAGCCUCCUGGAGUCGAACUCGUAUCAUCCUGCACAGCCAAAGCAAAACCAACGCUGAGUUCAAAUUUCACCACAUCAGAACAGAGAACAAGCCAAAACGUCACCGGUCACCAGCACUUUUCACCUCUUCAUGUUGGCCAAUGCUGCAAAUGACUGCACAGAAAACUUGUUGUACAACUUAAGUCACAAGUUGCUUUGCACAGAUUGAUGAUGGCAGGUCUGCUGAACACAUCGAGCGUACAGAGAACACAGUGUCUGACAUUUCAGACAUGUCUGUAUUGUCAGGGCCGUUUCUGUCAUCUUAAUUGUUGGGUGUUCCUUUUUUAUUUCAGAUUAUUUGAAAUGGUUUUGUUCACCUCACUCGUGAAAUGUUUUCAUCCUGCCUGGUUCACUUUGUAGCUUGUUUUGAAAAGUGCGUUGAAUAAAGUUAUUAUUAUUG